AUGGCGCCCCAAAAAUUCUCCAGCGGACGCCUGAAGUCCCGGCCAACGCUCGUGCCCUUCAGGGACGACACUAGCUUCGUCGCUCUCCGCUAUGAGAAGACGGUCCAGGCAGAGCCUCCUAUCCCUAUUCUUACGCGCCUUCCCCCGAGAUCCCCCUCAGUCUCGACGCGUCGCACUUCUACUUCUGCAACUUCAUCUUUUACAAGUCAGCCCUCCAGUCCUGUGGUCGUUAUUCCUCCUCCCGCCAUUGAACAACACCCUGCCUUUCGCUCCCGUGUGCACGCCGGCGACAGCGCAGCAAACGAUUGGAAAAGGGACUCUGGACUCGCGCCUACUACUUCGUCAUCUACCACAAUAGUAGAGGAGUGCGAGGGCGAGGACUACAGAUACGACAAGGUCGAGACCGUGAUCGUUGUCGGCGACGUUGUGCAACAAUCGCAGCAGCUGGUGACACCAUUUAUCUGUGACAGCGAGUCCGUAUAUUCCACCAACGAGCCGGCCACGAGAGAACAAGCCUCUGGUCUAUGCACGCCAGAAACUGGUCAGCAGUCCAUUGCCAUGGACCAUUAUCACAUUGCACAGCUUCAACUCGCCGACGGCAAGUCGUCUGGCAGCUUCAGCAGCACCUUAUCGGUGGAUUCGCCGGUUGAGUUGCGGGACAAGCGUUUAAGCGACCUGGCACCUGCAGCGGGGCCAAUGGUAACCCCAGCGCGGGGCUCCUUUACAGCCUUCGAUAAGUCGCCUAAUCUCUCCCCUGUCAACAUCCUCGAAGACGACCUCCUGAGCAAGGAUGUCGCCGACUUCUCCCCCAUAUCAAUCUCCAUCCCCACCGUCAGUCUCCUUGACGAUGAUUUCCUGACGACUCUCACUUUCUCCAAUCGUGGCAGUCUUAUGUUUGGCGGCCGUCGCGCUUUCCCCGCACAAACAACCGACGGAACAAUGGAAGAUCAGUCGCAAACGAAUGAUGCUGAGGCGCCCGCGCCUGCAUCAGCCCCGACUCCUGCAUCAAAGCCUGCGCCUCCUAUCCUCCACAUUCAAUACGAGGAGCCACUCCAGAGCACCGCCGCCAGCAUGAGCGAGGCCACUUCGAACGGGGGCCCAACAACGGAGCCCAGCGCGACCAGGGUUAGUGCGACCAUUGAAAGUGCAACCGAUGAGAGUGCACCCAAGACAACAACCAAGUCGGUCACAACCGAAGCAAGCGCAGCAGAGACCGUCGCAGAGUCUGCGUCACAAACCGCAAUGGCCACACCCAGUAUUCGCGUCCUAUCUGCGGACGUUGAGAUGGAAUCUCGAAAGGUGAGAUCGCUCUAUGCAUCUGGCGAUAGCAUCAAUUGGGAAGACGGAGGAAGGCCAUCGGACGUCGGUGAACGUUUGGAACCAACUUCCGAAAACCUGACAGAUGAGGCCGAGAAUGAUCCCGUCGCCGAACUCCAACGUCCUGCAUGGGCCACCCCAAGAUCUGGAAGCUCCUAUUCCCAGCGUCCCGAAACAAGAAGCGAGUAUGAGGUGGCAGGCGGUUUCGAAGACUGGGAGGAUCUCAACGGGUACGAUGUCGAUCGGUACGGUUUUAUAAACCCACGCAAACUGGAGUCGAACGUGGGGACCCACGCCGACCUAAAAUCGGCACAGUUUGCUCCUAGGAAGAGGAACCUCGCUUUGAAGAGAGAUUCCUUCGCUCUGGGACUGCCGCUCAGAGGAUCAGGUAGAAACUUGUCCGCCAGAUCUCUGAAUACCCAGACCUCAAAAGCAUCGGUCGCAUCUCGUCGGUCGACCCGCUCAGCAAUCCGGCAAGCGGGUAACCUGCUCCCCCACAAUCGUGAUCGACGAUGGAUGGACGAUGCGGGAGAGAUGCUCUCCCUAGCUAUUGGUGAAGAAGAGAAGAUUGAAAAGAUAUCGGAGGCCAUCAAACGAAAAGAGUGGGAAAGGUCCGAGAAGUGGCGGAAGAUGGCCAAGGUCAUCAAGAAGGGGAAGGAUGGAGAAGGCAUGGAGUUUGAAUUCGAUGUCAAGAACCAAAAACUUAUUGACAGAACGUGGAAGGGCAUUCCCGACUGUUGGAGGGCCUCCGCCUGGUAUUCAUUCAUGGCAUCAGCCGCAAGAGCUCACAAAGAUUCUCCGUCAGAAGACUCCAUCAUCACCGACUUUCACAGACUCCAAAGCAGAGGCUCGCCAGAUGACGUACAAAUCGACCUGGACGUUCCUCGCACCAUCAGCAGGCAUGUCAUGUUCAGAAAACGCUACCAAGGUGGUCAACGACUGCUCUUCCGGGUUUUGCAUGCACUUUCGCUCUAUUUCCCGAAUACCGGCUAUGUUCAGGGUAUGGCCUCAUUGGCGGCGACUUUGCUUUGCUACUUCGACGAGGAGAAGUGCUUUGUGAUGUUAGUGCGCAUGUGGCAGCUGCGUGGACUAGAAAAGCUGUACAGCCCCGGCUUUGACGGGUUGAUGGCGGCUCUGAACGACUUGCAGACAAAGUGGCUGGAUGGAAAAGAUGUUGCCAAAAAGCUGAUCGAGCUCUGCAUCGACCCAACCGCAUAUGGUACUCGAUGGUACUUGACACUUUUCAAUUUAUCCAUACCAUUUGCUGCCCAGCUUCGAGUAUGGGACAUAUUCCUCCUUCUCAGCGACAACUCCCAGACGGUAGCCACAAAAGCAACCGACUCGCCAAUCACAAUGAAUGGCAUCGACGUCUUGCAUGCCACCAGCGCAGCCCUAAUUCAUGCGCUGCGAGAAAUCCUUUUGGAUUCUGAUUUUGAGAACGCCAUGAAGGCGCUGACCUCCUGGAUUCCUGUGAAGGAUGAGGACCUUCUGAUGAAGGUUACGCGGGCGGAGUGGAAGUCCCGGCAGAAGAAGAAGUUUUAG